AACUUAUCAAUAGUCACUUAUCGCCACUUAAGAACCUCCAAAAUAUAUGUGCCGUAUCAAAUUCUCAGUAUUCACACGAAAGUCAAAGAAAGAACAUGGACGGAAACCAUUGGUUGCACUAUAGCCACGGCGCCUUGCCCCAAGAAGCUGUUGUCGCUGGCCAUGAUGCCGAUGGCGAUACCAUUUUCGUUGGACGCGCCUUCUACAACAACGAUCUGCUGCCAGCCAAGAUCAUUCCCAACAAGGGCAAGGCCUAUGUGACGUUCGCCCGCCAAGAGAUUGAGCUGGAGAACUACGAAGUGCUCAAUGGCCAGAACUAUGUGUGGCUGCCCGGAGCAAAUGGAGAGGUUCCACCUAGUGCUGUGCGUGUGGGACGCAAUGUGGAUGGCGAGGAUCUGUAUGCCGGACGUGGCUAUCAUGCCGGCAGCUUGACUGUGGGCAAGGUGCAUCCAUCCCACGGUUGCCUCUACAUUCCCUUCGAUUCCGAUGAGGUCAAGAUCUUUGAGUACGAGGUGCUGUCUCGCUUGAUUGAGAUGCGAUAAGCGAAGUGUAUUUUCUGUUAAAACAAUGGCCUCAAAAGAAACUAGGUAGAUUUUGUACAAUAAAGCUCAAUCUUUUAUAAAA